CGAGACACGCUCAUAUUCGUCAUCCGAACAAAUAAAAGAAUUUAUGAUCCGAAGAAAAUCACAAGAUAUUUGUAAAAAUGGAAUCCCUCCUACCAAGGUAUGGGGUUGUAAAUGCGUUUAAUGAUGUUUUACGUUCAGAAAUUAUCAACGUUCCUGAUCGGAUGGUAGGAUUAAUUAUAGGCAAAGGUGGAGAGCAAAUAGCAAACAUACAGGCAACUUCUGAUUGCAGAAUACAGUUUGCACCAGAAAGUUAUGGCAUGCCAGAUCGACCAUGUACUUUAACUGGGACAUCUGAGGCUAUUCAAAAAGCAAAAGAUAUGAUUGCUCAGAUAAUGAGCAAAGGACAUGACCUUCCUCCAGAUCUUCAGAACACCUCACAGACCAUUGAGCUGAUGAUUCCAGGUAACAAAGCUGGCAUUAUCAUUGGCAAGGGAGGAGAAACUAUUAAGCUACUUCAAGAGCAGACAGGUGUGAAGAUGGUGAUCAUUCAAGAAAACAACUCACCCACUACAUACGACAAACCUUUGCGUAUCACUGGCGAUCGUCUCAGUUGUCAGAGAGCAAAGGAGAAAGUGUUGAGUCUGCUAGCAGAGAAAGAUGUCCAAAUAACUGGCUAUGGGGAAUACACAGGAAGCAACCAGCGGACAAGCAUAGAUAUUCCAGUUAGCAGGUCAAUGAUUGGAGUCGUCAUUGGUAAGGGAGGUGAAAUGAUCAAGAAGAUACAACAGGAGUCCGGAGCACGCAUUCAAUUCAGGCCUGAUGAUGAAUCCUCUGGUCCCAACAGACUUUGUAAUAUCACUGGGAAUUCAGAGCAGAUGCAGGCUGCCAUUGGUUUGAUUCAAGAGAUCGUGGAGAAGCAAGAUAACAGUACUUUGACGAAGAACUUCAACAAUCUGCUAAUUCAAGAAGGAGUGAAAAAAUUUGAAGGAAUUAAUGAAGAGAUAUCAUAUACUGUUCCUGCAGAUAAGUGUGGACUUGUCAUUGGAAAAGUUGCUGACAAACAAACUCGCUCUAACAAACUCGAUAAAUCCUAUAGAACUCUGUAUAACUCUAUGAAACUCUAUAAAAUGUACAAUUCUAUGAACCCUGUAAAGCCCCUAAGGGUUAGGGUAGAACCCUCAAGGGUUAGGGUAGAACCGUUAAGGUAUAAAUCAUCACGAAUUACAUAUCUGAGGUUAGAAGGUAUAAACAAUCCAACAUCUCCACCAACUUUAUUAUUAUUACGAUUUUUAAAUACAAAAUCAAAACCAGGAGGCGAAACAAUAAGGGAGAUAUGUCGAUCAUCAGGUGCCCAUGUGGAACUUAACAGGGAGGCAAACAAUCCUGCAUCCAUACAAAGACUCUUCAGAAUUGUUGGAAGUCAGGAACAGAUCCAAUCAGCUAUCAGACUUAUUUCUGAUAAAGUUGGAACAGUGGCUCCAACUUUGAGUUCAGCAACACUAAAUACAACGGCACUGAGAGACAACAACAAUAACAACAAUCAGUUCUUGGCUAAUCUGUAUGGUCACACAAACUUACAAGCGAUGCAACAGCUGUUACAAGCUCAGCAGCAGCAGCAUCAACAACCUCAACAACAAAAUUUUAUGUCACCCAUUCAAACAUGGCCAACAACAUUUCAAACUGCUUACGCUCCUACUGCUACUCCUGCAGAGCAAUUCAAGCCGGUUGAGUUACAAGCUCAGUGGACAGCACACAUCAUCAACCAACAACAACAGCAACAACAACUGCAACAACUUAUCAGCCAACAACAGCAAUCUCAGUUCUUGACAAGGGCAGCUCUUCCGUCACCUGGAGGUAUCAACCCACAAACUGGCCAACCGGAUUAUAGUUUACAAUGGGCGGAUUAUUACAGACAACAAGGCAUGCAUGAGCAAGCACAAGCCAUCUUACAGGCCACAACAAUCAACCAACUCGGUCAGGGCAUUUGAUUGAAAGGUGGAUGAGUUCUUGUUGUUUAUUAGGUUAGGCUAUGAUAACAGUGCUGGAAUUUUUCUUUUUUUAUUUUCAUACUUACAAUCUGACAAAAAGGCUACGUUUUGUUUUAAUGAUUAGAUAACAUUGAUGUUUGUUAUAUAGCGUUGAGCUUUUUCAUUUGAUGUUCAUCAUAAUUUGUGAUUCUUAGGUAGGUGUAUAUAUAUAUAUAUAUAUAUAUAUAUAUAUAUAUAUAUAGAUGACUUUGUAUUAAUACUUUUUGAUUUUCAUUGCCACUCAGAUGUUGUAACCAAAACAAAAAAGAACAUACGUUCAUUCAUUCAUAUGUUCACAUGUUAGGAGUCAUAAAAUUGAACAUUGAU